AUGAAGCGCACCGGAAAGAACAACCAAAGCAACAAGAAGAACCGUCGCAAGGUGCUUGCCGACCCUGCUGCGAAGGUUGACGUGGGAACGUUGCUACAAGACCCUGCCGUCAACAAGCCCCUCGCCAUGAUAACCAACCAGCCUGGUCUGUUCGCUCAGGUCGCCAAUUCAGCUGCUGCAGUCGCCGAUACUUCAGCAGCAUCCAACAACGACGACUCGGUCUCCGAACAGCGUCGUGGAAGUCGUCGCCGUCACUUCCAAGAAGGUCCCCAAGACAACUAG